UCUCAUUUCAAGAUAUUGACACCUUAGGAAACUUCCUAAAACAAGUGAACUUGCAUUAGACAGAAUCGGAAUUACCUCAUCCAGUUGACACUUUUUCCACUUUCUAAAAUAAAAUUAUUUGAAGACAAAUGGAGACUAAAUUACUUGAGCUGGACUUUUUUAGCAGUGCAACCUACAACGCUAAGACAGAACAAAACUCAGGAGACAAAGUUCUGCGGAGGAUAUAAAUUCGUUGAAAAUUGCGCUGCCCGGCUCAAUUGGUUAGACGGUGGAUGUGGGAGCUGCGUCGUGAUUGGUCGGAAGCUCCUCAUUGUCAUGCUGUCAAUCCAAAAUCACAUGGUCCGGCCACUAUUAACAGAUGAGCUUGGCGAACAAGUUUGCAGACUUCUGUUUCAGAGCCGUGGGGGACAGAACAGCGCUCAGCGGAGAGAAAGCAGAAGCACCUGCACACUCUUUUGCCUCUUUGGGCAGAACUUUUUUCACCUGCUUAUGAGACUGGUCAGUAUCUCUACCUCUUUGACUUUUUGGCGGUGUUUUGGUUGUGAACUUUUUUUUUUUACGUGCCCGUGAGUGAACACUAAAAGUCGCCUGAAUGUAUAACAUGAUGGAAACCGAGAUCAAGACCCCGCUCCCGCAGUCCAACUCGGGCUCAGCGCCGGGCGCAAAGAACAACAGUGCCAGCGACCAGGACCGAGUGAAGCGGCCGAUGAAUGCCUUCAUGGUCUGGUCCCGGGGACAGCGGAGGAAGAUGGCACAAGAAAAUCCCAAAAUGCACAACUCGGAAAUCAGCAAGCGGCUUGGGGCUGACUGGAAACUUCUGACUGACGCUGAAAAGAGGCCAUUCAUCGACGAGGCUAAGCGUCUACGCGCUAUGCACAUGAAGGAGCAUCCGGAUUAUAAAUACCGUCCCCGCAGGAAGACCAAGACCUUGCUCAAGAAAGACAAGUAUUCUUUGCCCGGGGGACUGUUGGCGCCAGGUGCCAAUCCUGUCAACAACGCCGUCUCGGUAGGGCAGCGAAUGGACAGUUAUGCUCACAUGAACGGGUGGACAAACAGUGCUUACUCCCUCAUGCAGGACCAGUUGGCCUACCCUCAGCAUCACAGCAUGAACAGCCCCCAGAUCCAGCAGAUGCACCGAUAUGAGAUGGCAGGGCUCCAGUACCCGAUGAUGUCCUCAGCGCAGACCUACAUGAACGCAGCGUCCACGUACAGCAUGUCCCCAGCCUACACACAGCAGACCACCAGCGCCAUGGGUCUCAGCUCCAUGGCAUCAGUGUGCAAGACCGAGCCAAGCUCACCGCCGCCGGCGAUCACGUCCCACUCUCAGAGGGCGUGUUUGGGGGACCUGAGGGAUAUGAUAAGCAUGUACCUGCCGCCCGGCGGGGACAGCGCAGACCAUUCCUCCCUGCAGAGCAGCCGGUUACACAGCGUCCAUCCGCACUAUCAGACCGCAGGGACUGGCGUCAAUGGGACGCUACCCCUAACCCAUAUCUGAGAGCAACAGAAAAUAAAAGACUUCAAACUCAAAAGUACUUCGGAUACUUGAACAUUUUGGUUGCUAAAGAAACGACGUUCGGUAGUUUUGUUAAAAAACAAUUUUAUCUCGAUAUUUCCUGAGUUGUCCAUUUUAAAAGCAUUUUAAGACUACAUAUCAUGGACCGAAACUGAACGUUGAGCCCAUCAGAGUAAAUUGCAUUGCAAAGAGGCUUUUUAUCACAAGUAUAAGCAAUCAACUUCUGUAGAAGAAUUGGACUUCUAUAUUUUAAAUAAUGCCAUAUUUUCUCUCUAUGAAAAGGCAUGUGGCCUCAUGAAGAGGCUGUUGUAUUUCAGAAAAGCUGGAUGGAGAGUUGGUUCAUAAAUGUUUACACUUAAUUUGUAGAAUGUCAGUUGUCUCGGCUGUGUCCAAAUUUUGUAGUCUUAUUUUUUCCCCUUCAUGACCUAGGAUAUUUGAAAUGUUAAGACUGUGCGGGUCGCAAGCGCAAGUUUUAUUUAUAGUAAGAUGUUCAUCCCCCCCUGCCUUUUUUUUUUUUUUUUUUUUUUUUUUUUUUAGCUUGUGAACCCUUUGUUUUGUCACGUGAAAAUGUUCCAUUUUGUUUUGUGAAAUUUUCUGUUCUGUGAUGGUUUUGACAGUGUCACGUUUACUCAUAUCUUGAACGAAAAGGUUUAUUUAAACUGACGUUUCUACUUAUUUUAAGACCAUCCUCUAUUCUUAAAUGCUGAAUAAAUUUGUACGAAACAUGA